ACUCUCUUUGGAGAAUGGACAAAAAGUUUGUUGCGCACCCCAAAGUCCCUACAAUGCCAAGGGAGAUGCCAAAGUUGCCUCCACCGUGAAGCCAAGCUCUUCGACACCGAUGAUGAUGAUGAUGAAGAAGAACUUGGCUACCUAGAAGAUCCUAGUCCCUACAACGCCAAGAGAAAUGCUUUGAUCGGCAUGAUGCCUCGGCUUCUUGAUGGGUUUGAAGAGGUUGUGGUUGGCAGUGUUUUGAAGCCGGAGGCAUUUGGAAAGUGUGUUGUGGGGAAGGGUGGCCCUGGGGAUGUGGCAGUUGCUAAGGACAAGGUGGUGAUUGGAGGUGAUGUUGUGGACGCAAACAAGGGCGAGGGGGCAAACUGCUUGGAUGGGAACCAAAGCACUUAGGUUUUUGAGUUUUAUCAAAAUCAAUUACAGAUUUUGUA